AUGACAAAACCCUCCAUUUUAAUCGCCGAAGACGAAGCCAUCGUCGCCGAAGACCUGGCUGGUAAAAUUAAGCAAAUGGGCUAUGACGUGGCCGGGAUAACCGCAACCGGGGAGGAAGCAGUUGAGCUUGCCAGCCAUCAGCAGCGACCAGGACUGGUAUUGAUGGACAUUCGCCUGGCGGGUGCAAUGGAUGGUAUUGCUGCGGCACAAAAGAUCAUUCGCGAGUGCAAUCUACCGGUACUGUUUCUGACCGCGCAUUCCGAUCCGGAAACGGUCGGGCUAGCGCGACAGACCGGAGCUCAAGGAUAUAUCCUGAAACCCUUCGAGGCGCGUGAACUUCACAUACAGAUCGAGUUGGCGCUCUUCAAACAUGUUAUGGAAAGUGAAUUGCGCUUGAACUUAGAGCGGCACCGCAUCCUGGCGGAAACCAUGCUGCAAGGCGUUGUUCAUAUUGACGCCAGUGGCAAAAUCAUUGCGAUAAAUCCGGCUUGCGAGCGUAUCAUCGGCAAGAACCGCGAGCAGAUCCUGGGCAGUUGUCCAUCGAUCGAGGAAGAUCAAGCCAUUCGCGAAAAC